AUGCCAGACACCAUGUUUCAUGAGGAUGAAUUUCAGAUUUUCAACAUUUCUGAUGGCGAUGACCAGGAGCAUCAAACCUUCUGGCACUUCAGAAAGUUCUUUUUGCCCUGCAUGUAUGUGGCAGUAUUCAUCUGUGGCCUGGUGGGGAACUCCCUGGUACUGGUCAUAUACAUCUUCUACCAGAAGCUGAAGAGCCUAACAGAUAUAUUCCUUAUGAAUUUGCCUGUGGCUGACCUGCUGUUUGUCUGUACUUUGCCCUUCUGGGCCUAUGCAGGCUUCCAUGAGUGGGUCUUUGGUGACAUUCCUUGCAAAAUCCUGUUGGGCAUGUAUACUUUGAACUUCUAUACAUCCAUGCUCACACUCACCUGCAUCACUGUGGACCGCUUCAUUGCUGUGGUUCAGGCCACCAAGGUCUACAACCAGAAGGCCAAAAGGAUGAUCUGGGGUAAGGCCAUCUGCUUAUCCAUAUGGGUGAUUUCCUUGCUGGUUUCUUUGCCUCAGAUUAUCUAUGCCAAUGUCACUCACACAGACAAGUACAACUGUGCCUACGAUGAAGAAAGACUUUCCACGAUGGUCCUUUCCAUCCAGUUGAUACUGGGGUUUUUCUUGCCACUUCUCACCAUGAUUAUCUGCUACUCAGUCAUCAUCAAGAACUUGUUUCAGGCACGAAGCUUUCAGAAGCAUAAGUCUCUGAAGAUCAUCUUCCUGGUGGUAGCUGUGUUCCUUCUGACCCAGAUGCCUUUCAACCUUGUGAAACUCAUCUGCAGCACAAACUGGGAAUAUUCUCUCAUGACCAGUUUUCAUUAUGCCAUCACAGUGACAGAGUCCAUUGCUUUCCUGCGUGCCUGCCUUAACCCUGUGCUUUAUGCUUUUGUUGGCCUAAAGUUUAGGAAGAACUUCUAUAAACUUAUGAAAGACAUUGGCUGCCCUUACUUCAGGGUCUCAAGCCAAGGAAAGUCCUCUGAGGAUGCUUUUCGGACUUCUCCUUCCCACAAUGCAGACGCCACUGGCAUGUUCCAGCUAAAAAGCCACUCAGAUGGAUAA